GGCACAGUACUCCUCGUGCUGCUGAUUGUUGAACAGUCGAAAGUCGCUUUGUUAUCUGUUGCCACCAAACGCAUUCGGUCACCUUCCGAAUCACGACGCAUUCAGCUCCAAACAUACCAACACAGUAAUGCGACCUAAACUCAGUCUCCAACAAUUAAACGCGCUACAGCCAGCCGAGUUUCAUACUACUUUUGAAAAUGUAAUUGAAUGCUGGCCGGAAGCUGCCAUAUUCUGCUCCGCGUUGCUGCCCUUCAAAAGCUUCGUCUCAAUGAUUGCCGCCUUCGAAAACUAUCUGGAGCGUUUACCCGCCGAUAGUAAGCUGAAGAUUCUAAAACUCCAUCCAGAUCUGGCCGGUAAAAUGCUCGACACAAAUCAACUAACCGAAGAUUCAACAAGUGAACAAGCUUCUGUAGGAUUGGAUAAUUUAUCGCCGGAGGAUAAAAAGAAACUGACUGACCUUAACGAAAGCUACAAGACCAAAUUUGGAUUUCCAUUUGUGGUUUGCGUUCGUGAAGCAUCAAAGUUCGAAGUUAUUCUUCGUAGCGUAUCGGAAAGAAUUCACCAUACCGUCGAACAGGAGCUCGAGAUUGCUUUAGGAGAAGUGAAGAAAAUUUGCCGCUUGCGUAUAUUGCAACUGGUUGAUAAUUUGUAAAACAUACUAACACUAAUAUGUUUGAUCGAGGUUGAAUGUUUCAUAAACAAAUUUUGGCAAACAGUUCUUUCACCCAGGGUAACAUUGCGCGUACUUCAUAGUCCUUGAGUAAAGAACUUAUAUUUUAUUAAAAUGUAUUUCCAACAACCUCAUGGUAACUAAACGAAACCCGAUGUCGUUUCCUUCUGAUAAUGGCUCCGUGGGUUUCUUUUUCUGACGAAACUUCCUAUUAAAGUAUGGAUUCCAAAACCUGAAAAUUAAAAAAAGAGUGUUACAAAAACGCUCGUGUACAAUUGGGUUUAGAAAAAAGAGGAAAUCUGCAGAAGGCUAAAAUUUAAAUUAGAUUAAUUAACAGUGAGCAUCUCCAAACCUUUAUCGUACACUAGAAGGAACGUUUUCAUGCUUUUCGAUGUUCCCCUUAGUUUCUAAUAAUUGUGCAUACGUUGAACUUUUCCCUUAAUGUUCUAUUUUUACUUGGAAAUAUAUCAAAAAGCGCA